AUGUGCAAGAAGAUGGAAAUGACUUCAGAAGAGAUUGUUAGGUAUUUCUACUUCACACUCUUCGUUGUAAUUUGCUCUCUUUGCGACGGAUGCGGGGCCUUGAAAGAGAUGAAAAUCAACGUACCGGAAGCCGCUCUAUCGGGCGACACUGUAACGCUGGCUUGCGACUACAAUCUCGAGGAAGUGGCUUUGUAUUCGAUCAAAUGGUAUUGGAACGACGAGGAGUUUUACAGAUUCGUUCCCAAGGAGUCGCCCCCGUUUCGAGCCUUCACCGUCACGUUCGCCGAUUUUAACGUCGAUAUAUCGAAUUCGGGAUCGACGAGAGUUACUCUCAGGAACAUCAGCAGGGAAAUGACUGGAGACUACAAAUGCGAAGUAUCAGCCGACGCGCCCCGCUUUCACACCGACAUCCAGAGCGCCCACAUGAUAGUUAUAGAUGCGCCGAGGACGAAUCCGACCCUGGAUAUCGAGCCCCUCGAAUCGGCGAUAAAAAUCGAGAUUGGAAAGACCCUGAGAGCCGAGUGCUCUGCCCCGGGGCCCGGGGGGGCCCACCUUUCUCCAAACAUCACGUGGUUCCUUAACGACAAACAGAUAAUUCCCGAUGAGGUUACCAAAAUGUAUCCGGCGCAAUAUCAACUGAACAAAGCGCUGAAUGUAAAACUAUCCAAAUCGAAGAUCGAAAUCAAAACGGGCAAAUCCCACUUCAAAAACGGCGUACUGAAAUUGAAAUGCCAAGCUUCUUUAUUCUCCAUAUGGAAGAACUCCGUGGAUAGAACCAUCAAGGAAGACAGCCCGCUUUCAGCUCCUGUGCUCGGAUCCACGUCAUCGCAAAGCCACACAGAUCAAGUUAUAGAAAUCAUCACGAGCUCGGCGAAGCGCUCUCAUCACACCAGGUACUUGUACAUAAUUUGCUCGUUGGGUUCGCUGUUGUAUUCGAGGUAA